AUGGCGUGUUUUUGGGCGGCGGAUCAUAAGCCAGCAGUGACUUUGAAUAUUGAUUUUGAUUGGAAGACUGGUGUGGCUGCUAAGGAUUGGACUAAUGUUGCCAAGAAAGGCUCUGUUGAUGAUGUGAGGUUUGAGAGUAGAGGGGAUGACAAUAAGGAAGUAAAGCAUGACAGAGAAGCUCAUAUUGAGCCGAAGAAUGACAUGAAGAUAGAAAAGGAUGGUUUUGGUCCUCCAAGUAGUCAGGUGAAUUGGAAGGAACCCAAAGAAUACCAUAGGGGAAAGAGAUGUUUGGAAUCUGCAGGUGUACAUGUGGAUCCGUGGCAUAUAUCACGUGGAAAUUCCCAAGGCCCUGUUGAGAUUGGAAAGGAAGGUGUCAGUAUUGAGGAGAGGGAUCAUGCCAAAGUUCAUGAGGCAGUUGGAGAAAAUAAAGUUGAAUUGAAAGGUGAGGAUAGAUUUAAAGACAAGGAUAGGAAGAGGAAAGAUUUGAAGCACCGUGAAUGGGGAGAUAGAGAUAAGGGAAGAAGUGACCAAAGGGGAAGUAUGCAAGUAGGCAACAGUAGUGCUGAAGGAAAAGAGUCGGUGAAGGAAGAGAGAGAAGGAGAGAGGUGGGAGUGGGAGAGGAAGGAUCUGUCAAAAGACAGGGAAAGGUUAAAAGAGAGGGAGAAGGACCACAUGAAAAUAGAAUCAGGAACUGGAGCUGAAAAGGAGCGUUUGCACAAUGAAAAGGAGUCUUUGGAUGGAUAUGUCAGAAUUUCAGAACAGGAAAAUCCAGCUUUGGAGCCAAAGAAACAGAAAGAUUUUGAUAACUGGAAAAAUGUCGAUAAAGAAGCUAAAGAUAAAAAGAAAGAAAGAGAAGCCGGCAUAGAAGGAGAUAGACCUGAGAAGGGUAGCACGAUGUGUGGGAAAGAAUCUGAUGAUGGAUGUGCAGAUGUUGAAAUUGCAACUGAAAGGGAAAGAGGAGUUUUUAACUAUGGAGUCCAGCAGCGCAAGAGGAUGCUUCGGCCUAGGGGCAGCCCGCAAGUGGCAAAUUGUGAACCCCGUUUUAGGUCCCAUACUCAGGACUUUGAGGGGCAAAUCUGAGGUAUCUUCUGUCAUUUAUAAAGUUAGUGAAUGCAUGCAAGAGCUGAUAAAAUUAUGGAAGGAGUAUGAAACAUCUCAAUCUGAUAAAAAUAGUGAAAGCAGUCAUAAGGGCCCCACUCUUGAAAUUCGAAUACCAGCAG